AUGAGUGUCUCCCUGUUGGACAUCGUCGCCAUCACAGGCUUGCCAAUCCAUGCCAAGCCAUACGUGCCAGGGGACUUUGCAUCGACUGAGUUCACACACUCCUGUAACUUGGGAGCCCGCCGUGCCCUGAAGGGCUCGUACUCAGUCUGGAGGAACUACUAUAUCGGCCACGCCAAGCAGCACGAAGGAGGCAUUGCAUUCCUUGAAUACUGGCUGGACAAGUUCAUCUUCUGCGGCAGUGCCCACAAGCCCACGGGCAAAUGGACGAAACUAGCCGAGGCGCUCUACAAUGGGAUUGAAGUUGGGCUCGGGCAGCCCGUACUGGGCGCGCUCUACCGCACUCUCCACACACUGUCCCUCAGGCUCUUCCAUCUUUCUUCCGGCCCGCUGUGGGUCAUGGACUUAUGGAUGCAGCUGUACUUCCAGCUCUUCCGGCGCUCCCCGCUGGACUUUCUACCUGAGCAUCAACUCCUCGGGCUUGCCGUAUGCAGGAACUCCGCGAGCCGGACUCCCUUAUCCUUCUUCGCCAGCCUUUCCAUUCUGUACAAUCAACUUGAGCCGCCUCCUACCAUAGACAUGAUGGUUUGCUGGCGCCACCCUGAAGCCUUGUCGGACAGCUUCUUCCCCCGCUUUGAUUCGGACUCCGACGCCAAAACGACUUUCAUGAGGGCGACCGCCUGCAGCGACCUUCAACUCGUCGAGGACGAACAAGGCUUCGAGCUGUACGCCCCAAAUCACUUCGCCAGGCAGCUUGGCUUCUUUCAAGGGGUUCCUUAUCCGCUCUUCUACUCAGUGAACAAGUACACGUCCUGGUGCAAGAUUGGCGAGACAGACCGCGUCAACCCGCUGCAAAAUGUCUUCCCGUUGACUCCCGCCUUGCUCGAGAUCUAG